CACCUUUUGCCGUACCCUUCCUUUGUCUUUAAAACUUCUCUCUCUCAUUUUUCUACACGUGAACCUAGCUUUACUUUCUUUAUACUAUUGAUCACACUUAUCCUUCUUUGUAUAUUUAUUUGUAAACAAAUGGGUUCUUAAAUUUAAACCCCAUAUCAUAUAUAUAUAUAAUUGCCACUAUAUAUUACAAACAAUCCAACAACACUUGGAUCUUGGCUACCACAAGUAUGGAGGACACCACAAUUCAUGCUAAAUCACCUGGUUCAGCUUUGAACAGUACUAGCCGCUAUGCUGAAACACGAUCUCCAAAUCAAGAGCAAUCGUUGCCAUCGCUAUUAUCUUUUGUUCAUGAUCAAUCUUCACGUCCAAUAACACUCAGGUUUGAAGAUUUGGCUUAUGCUAUCAAGUCACAAUCUGGAGAAGACCACAAUCAUAGUUCGCAAAAUUCAAAUUCAAAUUCAACUCGAACUCUUCUUAAUGGAGUCAGUGGAGUAGUCCGGCCCGGAGAGAUGCUAGCCAUGCUUGGCCCAUCAGGCAGCGGAAAAACCACCUUAAUAACCGCUCUGGCGGGUAGACUACCCGGAAAGAUUUUAGGGAGCAUAACCUACAGCGGGCAGCCGUUUACUAACUUAAUAAAAAGGAAAACUGGUUUUGUAGCCCAAGACGAUGUGUUAUAUCCACACCUAACUGUUAUCGAAACCUUGUCCUACGCGGCCCUUUUGAGGCUGCCAAAAAACCUAACCCGAGAAGAGAAAAUACAACAAGCAGAAAUCAUCAUAACCGAACUUGGAUUAACUACGUGCCGUGAUAGCAUAGUAGGUGGGCCACUUAUUCGGGGUGUUUCAGGUGGGGAGCGAAAAAGGGUUAGUAUUGGGCAAGAAAUGCUAGUUAACCCGAGUUUGUUGCUUUUGGAUGAGCCUACUUCGGGGUUGGACUCGACUACAGCUCUACGAAUUAUCGCAACAUUGAAAGGGCUGGCUCGAGGGGGGAGGAGUGUGGUCACCACAAUCCAUCAGCCAUCCAGUAGGUUAUACUGGAUGUUUGAUAAGGUGGUGGUGUUAUCGGAUGGGUGCCCGAUUUACAGUGGGCAAACGGGUCAGGUGAUGGAGUAUUUCAGUUCAAUUGGGCAUGUACCCAGGUUUAACUUUGUGAAUCCUGCUGAUUUUCUUCUUGAUCUUGCAAAUGAUGUGUCUCCUACUAGAAACCAAGAUGAACAUCCACAAGAUAAUCAAGGAAGGUUGGACAACAUCGAAGAUCGCAACUCAAUCAAACAAUUUCUAAUAUCAUCUUACAAGACGAACCUUCAACAACUCGUUAAAGACGAUAUUCAUCAACAUUUCUACGAUACGAAUCCAAUGAUUCAAGAGACAUCACACUCGAGAAGUUGUGACAAGCAAUGGACCACAUCUUGGUGGAUGCAAUUUAAAGUAUUGCUAAAGAGGGGCCUUAGAGAGAGGAUACACGAAUCGUACUCGAGAUUAAGAAUCUUCCAGGUGAUGUCUGUUUCAAUCCUGUCGGGUCUUCUGUGGUGGCACUCAGAUUUGUCACAAUUGCAAGAUCAGGUGGGGCUUCUCUUCUUCUUUUCAAUAUUUUGGGGAUUUUACCCUCUAUCCAAUGCCGUUUUCACCUUCCCUCAAGAACGACCGAUGCUAACAAGAGAACAAUCAUCAGGAAUGUAUCGACUCUCCUCAUAUUACUUCGCUCGAAUGGCUGGAGAUUUACCAAUGGAACUAGUCCUUCCAACCAUAUUUGUGACCGUUACGUAUUGGAUGGGUGGCCUCAAACAUUCAUUUGUCACAUACAUUCUAACCACUGUAAUCAUCCUUUUCAAUGUACUCGUUUCACAAGGACUUGGACUAGCCCUAGGUGCCAUACUAGAUCUAAAACAAGCAACCACCUUAUCGUCGGUGAUAAUGCUAGUUUUCUUGCUCGCGGGUGGCUACUAUGUUAGACAGAUUCCACCAUUCAUCUCAUGGUUGAAGUACAUCUCGUUUAGUCAUUAUUGUUACAAGCUUUUAGUGGAAGUGCAGUACACAGAACAUGAAGUUUAUGAGUGUGGGAUCGGUGUUCAUUGUAGGGUUUUUGAUUAUCCUGGAAUCAAGCACUUAGGCAUGGGUAAUUUGUGGUGGGAUGUGGCUGCUUUGGGUGUCAUGUUAACUGGGUACAGGAUUAUUGCUUAUGUAGCACUGAGGAUGAUAAAACUUCAUUAGUUUCCUAUAGUGUUGAAAUAGAGUAAAUUGCUAAAAUCGUCCAUAAGUCAGUUUCAUCCAAAACACUUUUUUGUACCAUAUUGUCCAACACUUUUGUGAUGUUUUGCCAUUUUCAUCCAAACGUCUAACUUUUUUUGCCAAAAUCGUCCUUGUGAUUUGGGAUUUUUUACAAUUUUCAUCCAUAUAUUAGAAAAUAUAAAUCAAAUUAGACAUUUAGAUGAAAAUGGCAAAAAAAACUCAAAAGUGAAGAACAAUAUUGUACAAAAAAAUUGUUUUAGAUGAAACUGACAAACACGUCCAAACCUCAGAGACGAUUUUGGCAAUUUACUCGUUGAAAUAUAUUUACUUGGAUUAUGAUGCAUAGUUACAAUAUGUCAUCUCUAAUUGUAUCUGAACGUUUUCUAUGUUUAGUGGCCUAUAUAUUCUCAUUUAAGUAA